AGGGUGGUUCAUUGAGAACGUGUGGGCGGCGCGUGGGCGACUAGCUUAUAAAGGACUGCGACCCACCCUGUCGUCAUAGUCGUGCCCUAAAUCUCCUACGUGAAGGAACAUUGUGCAAAAUGUGCAUUUUAAACUCAGGACUAAGGAUGUGGAUGGUUUUGUUUUGCUCUCUGUUAGCACAAGCAAAGACCUAUCCUCUACAAGGAUGGCCAAUGUACGCUCAGGCACCAAGAGAAUAUCCUGAAGACGAUUAUUAUUAUGCUCCGAAAAUUCAAUACUACUACGAUGCUCCAGCUAUAAAUGCGCCAGAAGUUUACGGUCAAGUUCCUUAUACAUAUUUUUAUGACCCAUAUGGUCAUUUUGCAAAUGAAGCGCCAAAGAAACAAGAAGAAAGAUUAGCUGCAUUGCCGAUCGGUCAAGAGACGUGGUUCGAAAACGAGUCCUCUCCUCGGUGGAAAUCUAAUAAUAUCGAUGACGUCAACGCCGCUUUCCUAGACAAUUUAAUUCUUACACAAAUGGCUCAAGACGCACAGAGGCGACGUGAAAAUGCUCGGGCUGCAUUCUCAAAUAUGGAUUACGAAGAAAAAGAAAACGAGGACGAAGAUGUCAGAGAACUUAAAGCUCUGGCAGAUAAACCACUUUACCAUGCACCUAAAACUGUUUCUAAAAUUGAAGAAGAUGAUUAUCCUGAAGAUUAUGCAGACACCUUUAUAAACUGGAACGGAAAUAAGCGAAGUGUAACCACGGCAGCUCCCGAAAUCAGUACAGAGGGAGUUAAAGAUAUCAACAAAGAAGUUGUGAUGCCUCGACCAGCACCGAUCACCCACACCCAUAGAUCAAAUCAAAAUAACAUCAAAACACCAUUCUACAACGCCAUUACACAGUUUCUCGAAAAACAAGGCCAUGAAAAUUUGAAAGGACGAAGAAUCGAUAAACGCUUUAUUGCCGGUGAUUCCGAUCUAGUAGUCGAACUUCGAGGACUGAAACAUCGUAUCGCAACUUAAAUUGAUACAAUUGAUUACCGCCAACUAACAUGAGACUGAAUAUUAUUUUAGAAUAGUAAAUUUACGGCAACAGCGACCUGAUAAAAACACGACGAAAACAGGCAAUCAAAAUAACAAAAAAAAUGUAAUUGCGUAAUAUAUAAUUUUUAAAGUAUAUUGAUCAUACAGUCAUAUAUUUCAGACAUUACGAGUACUAACGGCUAAAUGAAAACGUUCUUUGCCGCCAUUUGCAAUAACUGUCUUCUUUCAAAUAAUUAAAAGGUUGAUGACUGGAUUUCUAUAAUAUAACUAAUCGAUAUAAUAGUUGAUCUCAGAUCUUUUUCGAUUCUUUACUAGUUUUGAUAAAAUUUCGUAGUUGAUAUAAAAAUUAAUUAAUGUACAAAAUGUGACUAUAAUCACAAAUGCUGAUUAUUACGAUAACGGUAACUUUUUAAAAGAAUCCUAUUCGGAGGUUCCCUUCAUUUGGCAGCUGACACGUCGCACAAACUAUUGUGCAAUUGUUGUAAAUAUUAGAUAUCAUUCUUCUAAGAUUUAGAUAGAAAAUAUGUCACUAUUAUUUUUUAAAAAUGAAUGUGUAUAUUUUAAGUAAGGUACUUUUUUAAACUGCGCAAAAUACUGAUUUUUUUCUUGGCUAUAAUAUUUAUAAAGUAAAGGAAAAGUUUGCGUCCCUUCUGAUAGAAACCGAUAUAUAUAUUGUAUAUAUAUAUGUAUUGUGAUACAAAAUUAUGUAUUUUGAAACUUUCACGGCUAGUCCGUAUAGUAAAUUGGAUUUGACGAUUUCAUUUAUAUAACUACUUGGAAAGUACUGCUUAUCUUCCAAAUUAUUUAAUUUUUUUGUAUAAUUUAAAUAUUUUAUAUUGUAUAUAAAAAUUAAUGUGGUGCUAUUUCUUUUCUUUAAUUUCACGGUCUAAAUAGACAAUACAGUUAACCUUUUGCAAAGCAAAAUAUUGAAAAUAAUAUUGUAUACUUUUAUAAUAGUAAGAAUGGUGAUUCUCUUGGCAAGCAGAGGAUUAGGUGAUAUUUCAGCUUUACAGCUUCUUAACUGUUUGUAUGACAAACGGUCUAUGAGACCUUUGUUAAUGAUUAAUACUUAUGAAUUCCGCCAUUUUAUUAUUUAUCUUAGAAGUACAUUUCCCACUUUUAAAUUAUAAUGAUAAUAAUUUUCCGAAUAUCUCCCUCGAAAAUCUCUCUUCGAACCUACUUUCAAACUGUAUUCAUUGUAAAUUUAAUAAAAUUUAUCUUUGUAAAGUACAUAUCUGUUUAUAAUAAUGUCAAAUUACUUUUCCAUAUUUGUAUAGAGUAUUCGAACCACAUUCCUGAAGGUUAGUUUAUAAUUACAUAAGUAACAUUAUAAUUGUUAGUGUGAUUUAUAUAGUAUUACUAGUUAACACCGAUUAAUUCGUGAACAUGUUAAAAUUCCCUUUCUUUUGAGCAUCCGUUUUUUUUUUGUAAAUUUUUUGUACAAAUUAUUUUCAAGUAUAGAAUUAAUGCCUUAAUAUAGAUAGAUAAUAAAUAUCAAAACUUCGCAAAUUAUGUAAUCUAUUGUUUAGAUGACUUUUGUGUGAAAAUGUGGCUCAAAAUAUCACUAUACAAACACGACUAUCGGUAUAUAUUUUAUAGAGAGUAUAUUAGCAUAUUUUUCGUUCAUCUGAAUAUAAUUAUGGUCAUAACAACGGAUACACGUAAAAAUACUAGAAAACAAAUGUUACAGUGGAAUUUGUAUCCAAAUAAAAAAUGAAAAAAAAUAAAUAAAAAUAUAUUAAUUAUAA